CCCCCCUUUUACUAGAUUGGUGAUAAUAAAGCAGUAUUAUUUUUCCACACAUAAAAGUACUAAGUUUGUAAUUAAUCAAAAUGAUCAAUCUGCGUUAAUAAUCAUUCUAUUAAUAAAUAAAAUAUCAUUGUGCUUGUUGUGUGAAACAAAUGAUUUAUGGGUAUAUAAAAUAUUAAAUUGAUAUAAUAUCAAUUCAAAUAUAUCGUUCGGCCUCUUUACUUGGCUAGAUUAUUCCAUUGUAAUUAUAUUGUCCUUUGAAUCAUUUGAAUAGCGUACGACAGCCAUUUAGAUUUCGAUUAAGAGAGAAACUAUUGUUGAUCGUGCUUAGUUGACAAUAUGCUAAUGCGAUUUGAAAUCAACAUCGUAUAACCUCUUCAAUACUGUAAACGUUUUCGUGUAACAUAUCACUUAUUAUUUCCUAUUACUUUUAUUUCUGAUUAUGGAAGGUCGUUAUGAUAAAUUAACUUGGUUGGAGGUUAGAGAUUUGUUUAGAACAUGGAGAGAGAACUCAGAACGACAAAGUAGAGAUGUAGUCAAUUUAUGGGAAAACGUUUUGGCAGGAAAGGUCAAUCAACUUGGUAACGAAAAAUAUUUAGUAUUGGAACAAGUUUGCGUGGCUGCCUUAGACUGCUAUCGUUUAUCAUUAGCAGAUUACUGUAUUAAAAUAUUAAUGAUAGAAUUUCCUGGUAGUUUACGAGUUCAUAAAUAUCAUGCUAUGCACUUGGAAGCAUUGGAAAUGUAUGACGAGGCAAUAGAAGUAUUAGAUUCUAUUAUAAAAAAGGAUGAAACUAAUGCUGCACCAAGAAAACGUCGUGUAGCUUUAUUGAAAGCUAAAGGAAAAAUAUCAGAAGCAAUCAAAGAACUUACGGAAUAUUUAAAAAAAUUCAUGAGCGAUCAAGAAGCAUGGCAUGAACUAUGUGAUUUGUAUUUACAAGAACAUGAAUAUUCUAAAGCAGCUUUUUGCAUGGAAGAAUUAAUAUUACAUAAUCCGCACAGCCAUUUAAUUUAUCAAAGAUAUGCAGAAAUAAAAUAUUCUCAGGGAGGUUUUGAUAAUAUGGAAUUGGCGAAAGCUUAUUUCUGUCAAGCAGCCAAAUUAAAUCCAAAUAAUAUUAGAGCACUUUAUGGCCUAUUAUUAGCAACAAACAGUAUUGCAACAUCAUCCAAAUGUCCAGCAUCUAAGAAAAAAGAUGCAAUAAAAUUAAGUGAAUGGGCUGCCAAUCAAAUUGAAAAACAAUAUUCAAGUAAAGUCUCAGAGGAAGAAGUUAAAAAUAUAGAAGGAUUAUUAGGACAAUUGCAAGUUGAAGCUUAGAUAUUGAAAUGCAUUUAGUCAAUGUUCAUAUUCAAAUCAAGUUAGGAUUUUGUAAAUUUGUUUGAAUGUUGUAAUAUAUGUAAAUGCAUUAUCUAUAAGAAUACUGUUUUCAGAGACAGUCAGAAUUAUAACGAAUAACUGUGCACAUGAACAUUCACAAAACAUUUUUGAUCAUAUCUUAUAACGUUCACUAAUU